CGAAACUCACAGUGCCACACUUCUCUCUCAGUGUGUGAGUGCAGGAAAAUGGCCGAGGCCAGUAUUUCAGUAGAUCAGGAUCAGUUCAUCUGUCCAGUCUGUCUGGAUCUACUGAAGGAUCCAGUGACUAUCCACUGUGGUCACAGUUUCUGUAAGGUGUGUAUUAAUGACUGCUGGGAUCAGGAGGAUCAGAGCGGAGUUUAUAGCUGUCCUCAGUGCAGAGACACUUUCACUCCAAGGCCUGUUCUACGCAGAAACAACAUGCUGGCUGAAGUGGUGGAGAAACUGAAGAAGGAGACUGAAGUUCAAGCUGCUUCUCCUGCUCACUGUUACGCUGGACCUGGAGAUGUGGAGUGUGAUUUCUGCAACAGGAGAAAACGCAAAGCCGUCAAAUCCUGUCUGAUGUGUCUGGCUUCAGUUUGUGAAACUCAUUUAAAAUCUCAUCUUGAAAUUCCUGCUUUGAAAAAGCACAAGUUAGUGGAAGCCUCUGGAAAUCUACAAGAGAAGAUCUGCUCUGAGCAUGAUAAAGUGCUGGAGAUCUACUGUCGUACUGACCAAAGCUUCAUCUGUUAUCUGUGUAUGACGGAUGAACACAAAAGCCAUGACACCGUCUCAGUUAAAGCAUACAGAACUGAAAAACAGAGUGAGGUAAAGGAGGAGCAGAUGAAAUCCCAGCAGAGAAUCCAGGAGAAGCAGAAGAAGGUGCAGGAGCUGAAACAGGCUGUGAACACUAUAAAGCUGAGUGCACAGACAGCAGUGGAGGACAGUGAGAGGAUCUUUACUGAGCUGAUCAGCUCCAUGGAGAAAAAGCGCUCGGAGGUGACGGAGCUGAUCAGAGCUCAGGAGAAGACUGAAGUGAGUCGAGCUGAACGACUCCUGGAGCAACUGGAGCAGGAGAUUGCUGAUCUUCAGAGGAGAGUCACUGAGCUGGAGCAGCUUUCACACACACACGAUCACAUCCAUUUCCUCCAGGAAAUAAAGGCUUUAGUCUCUGGCCAUCACUCUCCCCAAACUGCUAGACCAGAUUUUCAGUCUGAUCUCUGUGAGGACUCACCCCGCAUCACUGUCAAUCAACAUCUCUCAUUUGAUGGAGUGAGGAAAUCUCUCUCUGAUCUGAAAAAGAGACUCGAGGAAUUCUGCCAGAUGGAAUUCAUCAAAAUCUCUGAACAUGGUAAGAGGAGCUGCUCCUGCUGGAGUGAGGGAAACCAUUUUAUUUCUGUCUCCACAGUUGAGGACGUUCAGAUUUUACUCUCAGAUCCAAAGAGCAGAGACGAGUUUCUGAAAUAUUUCUGUGAUCUGACUCUGGAUCCCAACACAGUAAAUUAUUACCUCAUUCUGUCUGAGAAGAACAGAGUGGUGACGAGCAGUGAUAUAAAGCAGCCGUACUCUGAUCAUCCAGAGAGAUAUGACUCCUGGCAACAGGUGUUGUGUAAGGAGAUUGUGUGUGGACGCUGUUACUGGGAGGUGGAGUGGAGCAGUGAGGAGCGUGUGUCCAUAUCAGUCUCAUAUAAAGACAUCAGCAGGAAAGGAUGGGGUUAUGAGUGUGGGUUUGGAUACAACGCUCAGUCCUGGAGUCUGCGGUGUUCUUCUUCUUCUUCUCUCUCUUUCUGGCACAACAGCAUUAUGACUGAGCUCAGUGUUCCAUCAUCCUCCAGAAUAGGAGUGUAUGUGGAUCACAGUGCAGGAACUCUGUCCUUCUACAGCGUCUCUGACACGAUGACGCUCCUCCACAGAGUCCACACCACAUUCACUCGGCCUCUAUACGCUGGGUUUAGGCUCUACUGGAAUGGUUUUUCUAAAUCAGCAUCCACAGUGAGGUUGUGUGAUCUAAAAUAAUGAGUCUGUAGUGUUUCAUAUCAGAUAAAAAGACUGCAGAUAAAAAAUUCAUGCACAUUUCCUCAGUGAUCCUCAACUGUGACAAAACUUUAACAUUAAAUUCAUUUAUACUCGGUCAAGGAUCAUCAGUUACACAUAUAAAGGAAAUCGUACUGUAAGAGCUGAAUGUAUUGCCAAUGACAUAUAAACUUUCUACUGAUUUCAGCAAGAUUACUCCUAAAUAUAUUUGCUGUUUUUAAUGAACAUUACUCAUUUCUCAAAUUAGUGCCCAAACUUCCCAUAAAGUCUGUUCUUUAGUUCUAUAGUUCUUUGAAAUGUGGUAAUAAUGUUUCAUUCUUUUAUAUAUAAUUUUUCGUACAGUUUUAAAAACUCUGAUAAGCCUUUAAAAAAUGUGUAUGUAGCUCAGAGAAUUCUUAUUAAUAAUAAGCACUGACUUUAUUAAUGCUGUUUCUAUGUAACUGUUUUAGUAUCAAGAAAAAAUUAUUAUUAUUAUUAUUAUUGUUGUUAUUAUUAUUAUUAUUAUUACGAAGUACACUGCUGGGCAAAAUAAAUAAAUGGGCCAAGCCCAAAAUGGCAAAAUAUUAAGCUUUUAAUGGUUUUAGCAACAAAUCUUUGGUCAAAAAAUGUGCAAGAAUUAAACAAAUAGAUAAAGGAAGUUAGUAUGCGAUAGCUUUUCCCUUUGAUUUCUUUAAACGUUUAAGUCUUGUGGCCCUUGAUGGGAUGCAUCAGGUGCGGCACAUAACCAAAUGAUCACCAAUUGUUUAAGAAAAAAAAUCCCAGAUGAUAUUUUUGGAAGAUUUUGUACACCCAGACAUGUGUUAGUUUGAAUUUUACAUCAAACAUUUUAAUCAUGAUCAUGAUU